GUUUAUUUUGCACAAUACCUCACUUCCUCAGUAGCUGCCAUUGCUGUGGUGUACGAGGAAAGAGGGGAGGGAGAAAAAAAGGAGACAGUGGCAAAGAACGAGAGUGAAACGGGGAGGGGAGUGACAGACAAGCGGAACGGCUCAAGAGGGAAGAAAAGGGUAGCUGCCUCUGGAGGAAGUCAUUGUGAAGGGUGCCUCAAAGCGGGAAGAAGCAAGCUAGGAGGCAGGGGAGACUAGCAGCGAUUCUAUGGCUCAGUCUGCUGCUAACGGUGUGGACCAGGAUCUGGCCACCAAGAGGCUGCACUCGAGGAUGGAGGCCUCAUGCUUGGAGUUGGCCUUGGAAGGAGAGCGGCUGUGCAAGGCCGGGGACUUUAAAGGUGGAACAGCGUUUUUUGAGGCUGCUGUGCAGGUCGGUACAGAAGACCUGAAGACCCUCAGUGCCAUAUACAGCCAGCUGGGCAAUGCAUAUUUUUACCUCAAAGAGUAUAGCAAAGCCCUGGAAUACCACAAACAUGACCUUACCUUGGCCAGAACAAUAGGAGACAGAAUUGGAGAAGGAAAAGCCAGUGGAAACCUUGGUAACACAUUAAAAGUGUUGGGGCGAUUUGAUGAGGCUGUUGUAUGCUGUCAAAGGCAUCUGGAUAUUUCUCAAGAGCAGGGUGACAAGGUUGGAGAAGCCAGAGCUCUGUAUAACAUAGGGAACGUUUUUCACGCGAAGGGCAAACAGCAGUUAUGGGGCUGCACCCAGGAACCGGGAGACCUGCCUCCUGACGUCAGAGACACACUGCAAAGGGCUACAGGUUUUUAUGAGAUGAACUUGUGUUUGGUCAAAGAACUUGGGGACCGAGCUGCUCAGGGUAGGGCCUAUGGGAACCUGGGCAACACCCACUAUUUGCUGGGAAACUUUGUUGAAGCAAUCAAGUUUCAUCGUCAGCGAUUAUCCAUAGCCAAAGAAUUUGGGGAUAAAGCGGCAGAGCGGCGAGCUUACAGUAACCUUGGCAAUGCCCUGAUAUUCCUAGGCCAGUUCAUCACAGCCACAGAGUACUACAGGAAAACUUUGCAACUGUCCAGGCAGCUGAGGGACCAGGUUAUGGAGGCUCAGGCCUGUUACAGCCUUGGGAACACUUACACUCUUUUGCAGCAGUAUGAGAGGGCGAUAGACUACCACCUGAAACACCUGUACAUAGCCCAGGAGCUUACUGAUAGAGUUGGUGAAGGUCGUGCCUGCUGGAGCCUGGGAAAUGCAUAUGUGUCUUUAGGGGACCACAAACAAGCUCUGCACUAUGCCCGGAAGCACCUGGACAUCUCAAAAGAAAUUGGAGACAGAAAUGGGGAACUAACAGCCAGAAUGAAUGUGGAGCAGCUGAUGGAGGCUCUGGGGGUCAAUGAGAGUGACCUGUCCCCCUCCAGUUCAGAGUUUGAGAUGCAAGGAGCGAGACCCAAAUUCACCAAGAGAAACAGCAUGGACAGUGUAGAACUGUGGAAGUACUCUUCAGAUAAGAAUGGUGAGAACCAAGAUUUGGAAAGCAUAUCCAAGAAAUCCAAGAGUCAACUGUCACAUCCAGGCAAAAGAAAAGGCUAUCCCGACAGUCAGUCAUCAGAUGAAAGACCGUGGUUGGACUCUCCUGUUGACACAGAUGACAUCACUGUACAAGUCCCACCUCCAGUGCCACUGGGCCGUGAUCCCUCCGAUGAAGACUGUUUCUUUGACCUCCUCAGUAAGUUCCAAAGCAGCCGCAUGGAUGACCAGCGCUGCCAUCUCGAUGAACCACAGAACGGAGACAAUGGAGAAGGUGCUGCGAACUCCAUGCCAUCCCUGAACGAGAUGAUCGAUCCUGCAAUUACCACUUCCCCCCAGACUGAGGAACUGUUUGACUUAAUUGCUAGCUCUCAGAGCCGCCGCCUUGAUGACCAGCGUGUUAACGUUGGUAACCUUCCAGGCUUGAGGAUCACCCAUAACAAUCUGGGACACCUGGUGGGUGAGGGAGAUCAUCAGGAACCCAGCGAUGACUUCUUCAACAUGCUUAUCAAAUGCCAGUCCUCCAGAAUUGAUGAUCAGCGGUGCUCUCCGCCAGAAGCAGGCCAGCAUGCCCCCACAGUGCCUGAUGAAGACUUCUUCAGUCUAAUCCAGAGGGUGCAGGCCAAGCGGAUGGAUGAGCAGCGUGUCCAGCUGCCCACAGAAGACCAGGACAGCCCGCAGUCCCCUGAUCCAGAGCCACCUGGUGGUUUUUCCAGCUAGGACUCGGUGAAGAAUUCUGCACAACUUCAUGUCUAAGAGAGUAAAAGCGUAGGGAUUGAAAAAAGCAUGAGCCAACAUGUAAAGACAGCACUGAAGGGUGAACUAACAAGAUUUUUAAUAACAAGACAAAGUCCAUGUGCAAUAGGUGGUGCCCUGUCCAAUGUUGCUGGAUGUAUUAUGUUCUAAAUGUGUGUAACUAUAACAGGAAAACAAGCAGAACUGAGGCUCAGUAGUGAGGGGGAAGAAACAAAUGACUUUGGGGUAAAAAGAUAUAACAAAUUUGAAAUAUGUACUCAAUCUAAUGCCUUAAUCAGCAUUUUUUUCAGACUCACGAUUGUAUUUACUGGUGUCAGAUGUGUUUUGUGGAAGCACAUGAUGGCCAUACAGUAUAAUAUGAAUGAUUAGCGUGAGUUGUGAAAAUCACAAAGAUUUAAUGAUAGAAACAGAGUUGAUGAAAAUUGCAGAAAAUUGACAGUUUUGCACUGAAACCCGAACAGUUUUUAUAAAGACGUGACUGAUAAUGUGUAUACCAACUGUCUUCAGGUCAGUUCCGAUCAGAGCUGUUGCUGUCGUUGCGUUUUUGUGGUUCUCACUUCUCAUAGAAAACUGGUGUUAUGUGUCGUGCAGUAACAGUAUUAGGGAUGUCCAUCCAGUGUUAAACAAACUGCUCUGGUUCGUUCAGGCUUUCCACUGAUUGAGAGCCCAACUUCAUCUUUUUUUCUUUUUUUUCUGACUUUAUUUAAACUGACAGGCUGAUUGGAUUACAAUUUCCCACAUACAUGUUAUUUACAUGUACCGGUAUUUAGAAAAAGACAUCUGUUCACACAGUAUGCCGUAACAGGGGUUACGAGGCAAAUGAUGACGUAGCUGCUUAUUUUCUAGAUUGAAGAAUAAAGUUGUGUAAUAAUUAAAGCUCCAGUAAAUGUUUCUGCUUAGCUUUUAAAGUAACGCUAUGUGCUGCCCAUAAUGAUCUCAACUUCAGAUAACAGACUCCUGCUCACUGCCAUUAUUAUUAUUUCUUAACAUAGAAACAGAAACCCAGUGAGUAAGAUGGAUGUGUCAAAUUUUGAGGAAUUUAAGACCUUGGACAACAUUGGCGUACUAAUUCCAAGCUGUGCUGCUUGUGUGCUGCCCCCAUGUGGUCAAAACCUUGUAUUACCUCUGUGAAACACAGAGUGCUUUCUGUUCCCUGCACUUAAAUAUUCGCAGGACAACAUUGUAAUACUGUGCAAGUAUGACCAAACUGAGAACUUUUCUCUGGUUUCAUCAGCAGUUUUGCAAACAUGUACCAUAAAUGUGGAGAUUUUACUGAAUUAUUAUAUAUCUGGUAACAUUUCAUUUCAUCAUCAAAAUCAAGCGAACCCCAUUGUACAUUUCUAUCCAUAUGUUCCUAUGAACGUUCUAAGUUUUGCUGUACAGAGUGUCUAUGAUGGUACUUCAAAAAAACAUGUUUGACCUUACCUGUGUGCUUUUUAUUCAGAAGUUAGUGCAUACCUCAUUUUUGUACCUCAAAGCUUAUGAACCUUAGAGAUAUUCUGAACCAGGAUGGAUGGAUCACAUACUAAGUUUCAUAGUGGUUCUGCUUGAUUCAUCUGUCUUUGAUAAACAAAGCAUUGGGAGAUAAAACAAUUUUUUUUCUGUUUUUUGUGAAUUAACAUUUUUAGAAAGUACCUGGUACGCUUCUAUUUGUCUGCCAUAAUUUGUACAUAAAAAUAUAUUUUGUAUUUAUGUUCCUUUUGAGGACAUGAAUAUGUCCCCUCAUGCUUUUAAUAAAAUGUUUCAGAUGUU